AUGGGCGACCGCCCGCUGGGCAACCUGUUCGACAGGUCCUGGGAGGAGCUGUCUGCGUUCAGGAUCGACGAAGAAUGGUACGGCGCGGAGGACGCGGACGCGCUCCCGACGGGCAGCGCAGCUCCAGGGAAGCACCACAUCGUCCCCGAACCGGCGCCCAGCGGGCCCGGAGGCGCAGUCGUGUCCCAGCCCGGCCUCUCCGCAACGUGUAAGACGUGCGGGAUCGGUCCGGAGUCGGCGUUCGAGUCGACACAGGCGAUGCGGGCGCACUAUCGAGGGGACUGGCACCGCCUCAACGCGCAGCGACGCGGCCGCGGCCUGGCGCCGCUGACGGAGCCCGACUUCGAGGCGCUGGUGGGGGCCGGCGAGGCGGGGUCUAUUUCGGGAUCGGACACAGAGUCGGAGUCGGAGGACGGCGACGAGUACGAGGACGCGGGCGACCUGGGCGCCGGCGACGCGCUCGCCGCUGCCAGCCGCGGGCCGCGCAUCAUGCUGCGCCGCGACGCCACGGCACCGACGUCGCUCCCGGAGCGAAUCUUCAUCUGGAGGUGCAUGCUCGCUCCGCCGCACGACGACGGUUCGCAGGCCCUGCGCGGCGUCGCGCGUCUCCUCGGCGCGCCCGCCGCGGCGGCAGGCGCGCCUGGCGGCCGCCCGCAGGUGUGGGCGGUGCUGCUCGCGCGCGGGGGGCACUUUGCGGGGUCGCUGUUCACGGUCGGGCGCGGCGCGGGGUCCGGGCGGGAGGCCGCGCGCGCCUCGCUCGCGGCGGAGGCGCUGGGGGGCGCGGCGGACUGUUUGGGCGCGCAGAAGGUCAAGGUGGUGACCGAGGUGCCGGGGUGCGCGUGCAUCGCGCACAAGACGUUCCACCGGUACGUCGUGCGCGCGGGGCAGGGCGGGCGGCAGGGCGCGAAGGACGCGACGGGGCAGGUCGCGUCGUCGGCGGGGUCGGCGCUGCGCAGAGCCAACGAGCGCGCGCUGGCGGAGAACAUCCGCGGCCACCUCGCGCGCUGGCGGCCGGCGCUCGAGCGCGCGGACCUGAUCCUCGUGCAGCUCUCCCGCGCCGACCGCGCGGCGGUGUUCUGCGCCGAGACCGGCCUGAAGCUGACCGGCGACCCGCGCGUCAGACGCGUGCCCGUCGCGACCAAGCGGCCGACCUUCUCCGAGACGAAGCGCGUCGUCCACGCCCUCACGUCGAUCUACGAGGCGCCGAAGCCCCCCGCGAAGCCCCCCGCGAAGCAUCAGCCGACGAAUGCGCCCGCAACGGGUGCACCGGCGCAGCCCCAGCAGCCCCCGGCCGCGGUGCAGGACCAGUUCUCGAACUGGUCGCUCGCGGGCGCGGCGCAGGCGCAGGCGGUUGCGAACCCGUGGAUGCCGGAGGAGCCCGCGAGCGAAGCGGAGCCCACAGUGCCGCCCUCCGAGCUGCACAAGGCCGCGCGGGCGGGGGACGCGGAGCUGGUCGCCCAGCUGCUGCAGGAGGGACACGAUCCGACGGUUCUGGACAGCCGGGGCUGGACGCCGUACAUGGUGGCGUCGAACAAGCCGGCGCGGGACGCGUUCCGGCGGCACAUGGCCAAGUGCCCGGACGCGUGGGACUGGGAGGAGGCCGCGGUGCCGAGCGCGCUGACGGAGGAGAUGGAGAGCCGGCAGAAGGCGCAGAAGAAGGAGAAGGAGCAGCGGCGGCGGCAGAAGGAGCAGGAGCGCAAGCGGGCCGCGCGGCAGACCGCCCAGCAGCGCGAGGAGCGUCGGCAGCAGGUGCUGCAGGAGGAGAUCGACCGAGCAGCGCGCGAGGCGUACGCGACCGCGUCGUCGCAACCGGAGCAGUUCCGCGCCGGCAACAAGGAGGACGCAGCGGGGCGGCCCCCGCCGCGGCGCGGAACGACGGCCGGGAAGGUCGGGCGGGCGAUCAUUCUGCUGUCCAUCGGAGCCGCGCUGCUGCUCCCGCGCGCUCGGCAACGCUGA